AUGUCCGAAGCGCAGCGUGAACGUGAGGUGCAGCGAUAUCUCCAGAGCUGGCAGGUUGCUCAGGGGUCGUCGCUCAAUGUUGCCCUCAAUGUUGACAGCAUCGCCGCCCCCGACUUACACGGCACGGGCUUCAAGCCCAAGGCCUCGUCCGAUAAGGCACUGACGGCCUUUGCCCAGCUGGCCGUCCUGCGACUAAACGUCAAGCGUGCCAUGGUAUCGCUGAUUGAUUCCACCACUCAGACGAUCCUCGCCGAGGCCACCCGCAUUAUUCAGCUCGGAGACCUUGAUGACCUGCAAGACCACCAGAGCGACGGCUUGAACAAUGAUGAGGACCGGUCCACCAGUCCCAAUGCCGAUUUGUGGCUCGGCGCCGCCAUCUUAUCGCGUCCGGAUGCUGUUUGCGAACACUCCUUGGUAAACACUUGCACCGGCCUCGAUCACAGGGGUAAGCCGUAUACCGCCACCGGCCUCAUCGUCAACGACUGUCGUCUCGACUCACGCUUCUGCAACCGGCCGUACGUGCUGUCCGAGCCUGGCGUGCGUUUCUACGCCGGCGUGCCCAUCAUCUCACGCAGCGGCCACAAGAUCGGUUCCUUUGCCGUCUCCGAUGAGAAACCUCACGAUGGACUGACUGCGGAUGAGAUUCGCUUCAUGCAGGGCGUCGCCCAGACCGCCAUGGAGCACUUGGAAUGGGCGCGGGACCGGGUCGAUCGCUUCAAGGGUGAGCGGAUCGUGCGUGGCCUGGCGACCUUCAUCGAGGGGUGCUCGGCUCUCAACGAAGAUCCCACCGCGGUCAAGGACGAGAUCCCGCGGAGCCCUUCGACGAUACGCCCGCCAGACAUGGCACUCGUUUCGACAAGGCGUCCGAUCCCACGCUCAAACUCUUACUUUCGCAAUACCGAGGCUCGAGCUCAAGCCCGAUCAAGAGAGUCGUCAGCAUCCCGUCAGUCGGCCCAGUUGGCCGAGCCGGCGCCUUCCAUGUCCGAGAGGCCGCCAUCGCCUCCCGUCUCCGAGACACCGCCGUCGCCGAAGAAGGGACCCCAGCCUAGGGCCGACGGCUUGUCGAAACUCUUCAACCGGGCAGCCGAUGUCCUUCGUCACUCCACUCUCGCUGAUGGUGUGGCUCUCUUUGGCGCCACAGCAACAACGAACUCCACGCCAGCGAGCCGGGCCAAGUCUGGAAGAAACCAGUCUUCGGAUGAGGAGGAUGUUGCUCGGCCUGCUACUUCGGGCUCCGGUCUCGACAGUUCCGACUCGGACACGUCGCCGUCUUCGAGGCCCUGCAAGAUACUGAGCUUCUCCGUGGCCGAUGAACGGGCGCGCGCUCGCAUCGAACAGGGCCCAGCCCUGUCACUCGGUAUUCUCGAGAAGUACUUCUCCAUGUUCCCCAUGGGGAAGACGUUUUCUUUCACCGAAGCCGGCGUCGGUGUCUCUUCGGGCGAUGACAGCGCCAGCGACAGGGAAACCAUGGGCGUCGAUGGGGCUGUUCCCGUCGAUAGAUCGGAGGGUAGACGGCGAAAGGUCAAAAUGGUUCAUGAAGAGCUUCUCAAAAAGAUCCCAGGAGCAAAGACUGUCGUUUUCGUGCCCUUGUUCGACUACGGCGAAGACAAGCUUGCUGGCGGCUGCUUCCUGUGGACAUCGGUUACGGGCCGUAUGAUGAACCUCGACCAAGACCUAUCCUAUCUCCGGGCAUUCAGCAACAGCAUCAUGACCCAGGUCGGACGCAUCAACAGCCAGAAAAACGAGGCCGCAAAAACCACCUUCAUCGCCAGUAUGAGCCACGAGUUGCGCAGCCCGUUGCACGGAAUCCUGGGCUCCGCCGAACUUCUUCAAGACACCAGCACCGAUGCCUACCAGUCUGGCCUCAUUAGCUCCAUCGCCACCUGCGGCAAGACCCUGCUCGACACCCUCAACCAUGUGCUCGACUACAGCAAGAUCAACAGGCUUGGCCGGGCGCAGAUGAGGAGGCGUGCAAGACAAAACCUGAACAGACCUGUUGCUAUUACUUCGGAUUCCCUGGAAAGCUUGAGCAUGACGUCCGUCGUGGACCUAGCUGUGCUCGUCGAAGAGGUCGUUGACGCCAUCGCCGCUGGUCAUGCUUUCAAGAAGCUGGUAGGAGCUGGUCCAUUUGACGGACCCAAGCCCAGCAUCAGUGUCAACGAGUCGAAUAAUGUCAGAUCGGUGGGCAACUUCCAGCCCCAAGGGUCCAAGGGCUUGGUUUCAGUCUUGAUUGACAUCGACCCAAAGACGCCUUGGUUGGUGAAAACGCAACCCGGCGCCCUCCGAAGAAUCAUAAUGAACCUCUUUGGCAACGCUCUGAAGUACACCACGUCGGGAUUCGUCCUCGUCUCCCUUAGCGGCCAAGCCAGGACCGAAGGGUCAAAGAUUGACGCUUUGAUACGUGUAGCAGAUUCUGGCAAGGGCAUGUCGGAAGAAUUCCAGCAGACCCGGCUGUUCCUCCCCUUCAGCCAGGAGGAUUCUUUCCAACCUGGUACUGGACUGGGUCUGAGUAUUGUCAAGCAGAUUGUCGACUCCCUCAGAGGAAGCCUCGAGGUCAGGUCGGAACAGAACAGAGGCACUGAGAUUGAUGUACAUCUCAGCUUCUCGCCCGUUUCUGACGAAGCAUCUCGUGAACCCGACGAGGCGAUGCGCAACGCUAUCGAACAGACCAAGGGGUUGCAAGUCGUGCAUUUAGAGGGCGGAAAUGGUUCGGGGUCGCGGCCGCUAAGCGCACCGGCGACCAAGUUGAACGGAAUUCUCACUGAGACUUGCACCGAGUGGUUCCACAUGAAGGUUGAUAAAGAAGAUCCGGCCAACCCCAAAGACGCCGAUCUAUUUUUGUACUCCGAGCCGCCCUCUGUAGAGAUCCUUGAGAAGCGGUUCAGGGAGAACUCGCAGAGGGCUUUGAAACGCAGGAAGUCCCCCUUCAUUAUCGUCAGCCCGAAUGCUGAAGAAGCGGUGCGGAUUCUGCAGGAGCACAGCAAGCUUUUGAUGGAAUUUUCCGAGAUUGUGGAAGUAAUCCCCCAACCUUGUGGCCCACGGAAAUUGGCAAAGGUCUUCAGCCACUGCCUCAAACGCGCGGAAGACUUGGAGAAGAACGACGGGAAGUCGAGGAUCCCAGCCGGAUCUCUAUCCGCCCACCAAGAGCAGGCCCAGGAGGUUGAAAGGGUCGGAACUCCUCUCCACCAAGACGCCAAGCCGUCCGAACUGGAACCGGCAAUGUCAGCACAACCCCUGAUCAAGCCACUGGGCGCCCUCGCGCUGUCACCAGCGUUGAACGGCGGCCAGCCCGUCAUCGUUGAGCAGAAACACGUCACACUUCACGUCCUGCUCGUCGACGACAACCAAAUCAACCUCAAGCUCCUCGUCAUGUUUAUGAAGAAAUGUGGCUUCUCGUAUGAGCAAGCCGAGAACGGACAGGAAGCGCUGGAUAAAUUCAUCGCGGCCUCGAGCGCGUCGACCCCGGCGUCCGCCAGCAAGCGCCGACAGUUUGACUUUGUACUCAUGGACAUCAGCAUGCCGGUCAUGAAUGGGUUCGAGGCGACCAAGAGGAUACGAGAGUACGAGCGGGAGCACAAGCUGCAGGCUACGACCGUUGUUGCUUUGACCGGCCUGGCAAGCUCGGACGCCCGACGGGAUGCUGAGACAUCCGGCUUUGACGUUUUCUUGCCGAAGCCGGUUCGGUUUGCUGAGUUGCAGAAACUCCUUACUGCUUCGUAG